AUGUCCAGCAAACCAGAGAUCGUCAUUGUGCCCGGCGCAUUCGGCACCCCGGCCGGCUUUGACAAGCUGGCCAAGCACCUGCACGCCGCCGGCCUGACGACGCACGGCGCCGCCUAUCCCAGCUGCAACCCCACAGACCCCGCGACGGCGAGCAGCGCCCGGGACAUUGCCCACGUCCGCGACCACGUCCUGCUCCCGCUCUUGGACGCCGGCAAGCACGUCGUCGUCCUGGUGCACUCGUACGGCGGUGUCGUGGGCGGCGCGGCGGCCCGGGGUCUCGACCGGCCGAGUCGCGCGGCUGCCGGUCUCGAGGGCGGCGUCGUGGGUCUCAUUUACAUGGUUGGAAAUAUUACGCUCGAAAACGAGACGCUGCUUGAGGCGGUUGGUGGAGCCUAUCCUCCGUUUAUCAAGGUCGGAAAGCCGGACAAGGGUCUUGCCAUUAUAGAGCCGGCCAUGGAUAUCCUGUACAACGACCUAGACCCCGGCCUCGAGCUCAAACUGUCCCAAAACAUGCAGCCUCACGCACUUCACGCGUUUGAGAGCAAGCCGUCUGCGCCCGCGUGGGCCGACGCGGCUUUUGAUGGCAAAAGGGCCUAUAUCCGCACCUUGGACGACAACUGCAACCCAUACGUUCUCCAAAAUAUGUGGAUUGAAAAGUCAAAAGUGGAAUGGGAGAUUGUUGAUUUCAAGUCGGGACACAUGCCUUUUGAGAGUCGCCCAGAGGAACUGGCCGGGGAGAUCGUCAAGCUCAUCAACAAGUUUGAGACUCUGUAA